CCCCCCCCCCCCUGACUUAAUUCACAUCAGCCUUGCAGUUGAAAAAGUUCAAAGUGAAAACAUGAAUAGCUCAAGGCUAUACAAACCAAACAACCAUGGUCAAUUUCUACAACGACAUACGUGUGCUACCAGAGGGGAAGAAGGCGAUCCAUAUUUGCAGGAGGUUUUUUCUGUUUUCAGGCAGUUCACUUCCCCGACUGAUCCUUCGAAUUUUUUAAAAGUUCUCUGGAUUCUUUGAAAACGUAUCACUUUCUUUGACUGUGGUUGGUUCCCUGAGGGGUGGAAAAGAAGAUCCUAGUGGCGUGGCAUGUGUUGUAAGCUGCCUUUGUGGUGAUAAACUUGUCAGCGCCAUCUAGGGUCGGCCUGGUCCCAUAGCUCAGAUGGCUAGAGCAUUGCUCGUGACAAGCAAGGUCCCGGGUUCGUGUCCUGGUGGGUUUGCAUUUUCCUCCCUUUCCAGGUAGUUAACUUACCCGACUGAUCCGUUGUAUUUUGAAUGAUGAUUAUUACCCUAUUAGGUGAAGAGUGUAUACCAUGUAGAGGGUAUACCAUGUAGAGGGUAUACCAUGUGGAGUUGUGGAGUUGUGGAGUGUAUACCAUGUGGAGUGUAUACCAUGUGGAGUUGUGGAGUUGUGGAGUUCACAGGCAUAAAAACAUUUCUCAAGAAACAAAACGGUGUUGCAAAGUCUGUGGACUGUUCUUGUAGUCACGCAACAAUCACGAAGUCUUUGAUUACAUUUAGGGCAUUCAUUCAAGCAGCAUCCAACAGAAAGAGAGUAUGACUGUACCGGACCCGUCAUAUUGAAAUUAGAACCAGGUUGUUAAAUACAAUGACACAUUGGCGUAGCUGGAUUGAGUGAAGUGGUAUAGCUGGAUGGAGUGAAGUGGUAUAGCUGGAUGGAGUGAAGUUGUAUAGCUGGAUGGAGUGAAGUGGUAUAGCUGGAUGGAGUGAAGUGGUAUAGCUGGAUGGAGUGAAGUGGUAUAGCUGGAUUGAGUGAAGUGGUAUAGCUGGAUGGAGUGAAGUGGUAUAGCUGGAUUGAGUGAAGUGGUAUAGCUGGAUGGAGUGAAGUGGUAUAGAUGGAUGGAGUGAAGUGGUAUAGCUGGAUGGAGUGAAGUGGUAUAGAUGGACUAUGUAGUAGGCCAUGUGUGGACGUGGAAACAUGUUUUUUAAAUCGUCCACGUUAGAGCGGUCCUUCAUUUCGACCAGACACACCUCCUGCGUGGAUGUUUAACCCUUUAGAGUUUCACACAUACAUGAACCGGUCGAAAACGACCGGUUCGACUGACGUACUUAGAACUAUGCGGGAUGCGUACUCGCUGGUGCUACGAAGCUGCCGCUAUGGCCAAGUCUGCCUGACACCUCCGCGUUCCGCUUGAGUGCACACAUGGCAUGGGUUUACAUUUGAUUUUUUUUGUACUGGGCCACAGGAAGUGUUCGAAAGCUUCCGCCAUGGCGCACAAGAAUUUAUCUGUUGACGAAGCGCUUGCCGCUGUGUUUUCUCAUUCUGGAUCGGCCGCGCACGAUGAAGACUCUGAUGGCGAGUCGUCAGGUGGCCUGCCAUCAAGCGAAGAGUCAGAGCUAGACGAUGCUCUCAUCUACGACCAUCCAGUUGAAGAUUUGGUCUCUGACGGCAGCGCUGAUGAUGGCGAAGAAGAAGCUUCAGAAGAACCGCUUUCAGCUGGCUUGUCACGCUCCUCAGCUGACUCGAGUGACACAUCAGCUGAUUCCAGUGAAGAGGACGAGGCGCGCCCGCGACGCGAGAGCAGAGCUCCCACACGGCAGAGAGGACAAACUCGAGCUCCGCGUGCUCCUCGUGGCGGAGUUCGCGGAGUUCGCGCUGCAGGCGGCGGACGUGGAAGAGUUGUGCGCGGAGGUGCCGCAACCGCUCCUGUGCAGGGCGAAGACAAUGUCGGCGACUGGGAUAGUGAUGAUGAGUGUCCUGACCAGCCUGAGUUUCGUCCUGCCCGUGAACCUGGCUGCCAUUUCCCAGCUGAUUUUGCGCCUGUGAAGGAGUUGGAUUUCUUUCAACUUUUUUUCACACUUGGCAUCGUUCAAGCUAUUGUGGAGUUUACUAAUGAUAAUGCUGGUAUACACAUCCUGGAAAAACCAUCCUAUCAAGAUGACCAUGGCGCUUGGAAGCCCACGGACACAGCGGAAAUUUAUGCUCUACUUGGCCUGACAAUUUACAUGGGUAUUGCUCGACUGCCACAUCUAUCUCACUACUGGAGCACAUCUACUCUCUUUCAUGGGCUGUGGGCACGGCAUAUGAUCCCGACCUUUAUUCGCUACAAAGCUCUGCUGUGUUUCCUCCACAUUGUCGACCCCACUACUGAGGAUGCGGCUGACAAGCUACGGAAAGUCCGCUUGGUGAAUGAUCAUUUCCAGCAGAAGUGCCGGGAACUUUUUCAGCCUUUCCAAAGUAUUGCGAUCGAUGAACGGAUGGUCAAGUCAAAAGCACGCUUCGCAUUCAAGCAGUACAUCUCAAACAAGCCUGUUCGCUUUGGAUUCAAAGUGUUUGCCCUUUGCGACAGUGCCCUGCACUAUCUUUAUAACUUCAAAAUCUACACUGGCCGUGAACAUGCCGGCCAAGUGGAUCAUGGCUUGGCACAUAAUAUUGUUACAGAACUCCUUCAACCUCUGUCUGGCCAGGGAUAUAAGUUAUACACUGACAAUUUCUACACUUCUCCUCACCUGUUCUCUGACCUCUUUGAAAAUCACAAAACUGCUGCUGCUGGAACCUGUCAGGUCAAUCGACGGGGCUUCCCUGCUGUCCUCAAAAAUACGAAAACGUUUCAGCGUAGAGCUGAAAGAGGGAAAAUGCGGUUUGUACGCGGUGGAGACCUCCUUCACCUACAAUGGAUGGACAAACGUCCGGUGACAGUCAUAUCCACUAUGCACAGCGCUGCUGACUAUGUCAAUAUCCACUAUGCACAGCGCUGCUGA